AUGACGACCACAGGCUCCAUGCCCCUCACCCCCGUGAGCGAGUACUCCGAACGUAGAGCCCCGGACCAUGGCGCUGCUGUAGGAAACGAACAUGACGCGAACAAGGGAGAGUCCCCAAAUCACUACAAUCGUCCCGAAGGGCAGGGGCAGCAGCACCUGAGUCCUGUGCUAGCGGACGAAAACGAUGUCAUCCUAACUGAAAAGUCGCUGGCUAGCAAUAUUGACAAGAAUGGCAUAUCUCCACUCUCACAAUAUACGCAACGGGAGGCUACUGCGACCGAAAGUGCCGCAGAAGCUCAGAGAAAUGUUGAUCUGGCCAGUCUCAGAGAGCAGGGGGCGAAGCGUUUCCCACUAUCGGCCUUGCCAUCUCCUACCGACACUAAUCUGUCUCAACCAAGCAGUCCUAGGCCAUUGGCCCAUUUUGGACUCAGACGGCUGUCCACAGACACCCACAUCAGGUCUGCAAGGCGAGAUGCCAGUGGUACUGGCUCUCAGCAACAGUCGCCGACGUCAAGCGGCAUACCUGUGAGCACAACUGCCAGUCAUGAAGAUCGUAGGAGAGUCAAGAACCUGGUCAUCGACACUUCAGGCCACGGAUUGCAGGAAUCCAAGAAUCGGCCAUCUCAUCUGCAACGGGCACAGUCGACGCCCGCACCGCCUCGGACAUCAACUUCAAUGAGACGAGCUUCAGACAAAGACAGGACUACCACAAAUAUUGCGCAUAUCGAUAUACCGAAGGAUGACUGGAAUAAGCUGAGACAAUCGCAAGACCGCAGUAAUCCGCUUCCAUCGCCAAUGCCAACGUCGAUUCCUCGGCCGCCUUUGUCGAUUCCAACAUAUCUGCAGCUUGAAUUAUCCUCUCAAAGACCAUCCGAUGCGCUCAUUCACAGAUCAGCAAGUUCAGAUUUCCCGUACGAGUCCUCCAGAGCCAAGAUUGAAAGGCUGCAGAAUUUCAUAUCCUUGCCCAUACAUCUGGAAGCUGUCUUAUGGUUCGGUAUGUUGGCGUGUCUGGAUUCAUGGCUGUACACCUUCACCAUACUACCUCUUCGGCUCCUGAAGUCGUUCUACAUCCUUGCCGAGUCCUGGACCACAAACUUCUACCAGGAGGUAAGAUGGGUUGUGGGGUUCGUCUUCUCAGGCUCAUUUAGAUUAUGGCGGCGACGCAAACAGGAUUCGAAGACUGUGAAGGCGUCAAAAGGCGAGCCGAGCACGCGUGCUGCGAACGGAGCGGCGUCAACGCAUCCUCAUCCACAGCGAGCCCGCCAUCAUAGGAGGACUAAAUCGGUGCCGUCAAAUCUGAUGCCUGACGACAAAGCAGACAUGCUCAAGGGACUGCUCAUACUUUUCACCUGCCUUGUACUUUUACGAUUUGAUGCUAGUCGCAUGUAUCACUGGAUUCGCGGACAGAAUGCUGUGAAGUUAUAUGUCAUUUACAAUGUUCUGGAGGUAUGCGAUCGCCUCUUUUCUGCACUCGGACAAGACGUCCUCGAAUGCUUGUUCUCGAGAGAGGCACUAGAACGCAAGCCGGAUGGUCACAGCAAAGUCCUUCGCCCUCUCUGGCUUUUCGGAAUGGCAUUAUGUUACACGAUCGUGCACUCGACUGCAUUAUUCUACCAGGUCAUUACCCUCAACGUGGCUGUCAAUGCUUAUUCUAACUCACUAAUAACAUUAUUGCUGUCGAAUCAAUUCGUGGAGAUCAAAUCGACUGUGUUCAAGAAGUUCGAAAAAGAGAACCUGUUCCAGCUCACAUGCGCUGACGUGGUCGAACGCUUCCAGCUAUGGCACAUGCUCGUUAUUAUUGCGGCACGUAACAUCGCGGAAACGACUAACAUGAUCUUCCCUUCGAGCGCCGCAUCCUUCUUCCCGAGCAAAACAAACCUUGCAUCGGCUCUUGCAGCGAACAUGUCUGCUACACCACCAAUGCCGCCGCCUCGGAUGGUCACUCCGAUCCUCCCGCUUUCUUUCACCAUCGUGCCGGAUAUGAUCACCUCCGUCACGUCAUACGUUCCACACAUCAGCCAUGUGCUUGGCCCUUUCGUAAUUGUCCUGGGCUCAGAAAUGUUUGUGGACUGGCUCAAGCACGCCUACAUCAACAAGUUCAACAACACCCGUCCAGCCAUCUACGACCGCUUCCUCGACGUGCUCGCCAAAGACUACUACACCAACGCCUUCGGAGACCAGAAUCUGACGAAGCGGCUGGGGCUGCCAGUCAUCCCGCUCAGCUGCCUGCUCAUCCGGACCGGCGUACAGAUCACCAAGAUGUUCAUGUCCUCCUGGGCCACCUCGUCCGCUUCGAACAAUGCUUCGCCGAGCUUGGCGAGUAUACAGGAAGCCUAUGCCAGCAGUCGCGGGCCAGUCGCGGUCUCGACGCCGGCUGCGAUUGUCUACAAGAUCGAUGAGCUCCUCGGCGGCUAUCCUUCCGCCAUCGCCAACUCCAGCGUCACCUCAUAUGUCAACACAGCCCUCAUCGCCAUCAUCAUCUUCCUCGUUGCGCUCGCGAUCAAGCUGAUCCUGGGCAUGAUCCUACUCGCAUUCGCGCGCAAUCGUUAUAGGUCAAUGAAGGAGCGGGAAAAGGAGCCAAUUUACCACGUUGAGGGUGGCAGACGGGUUGGUGGGUGGGGUGUGGUGGAAGUGGACGAGGAUAAAAGGCGGUCGAUCUACGAUGAUGACCCUGAUGGGCUACGGGCGUUGCAGGAACGGGAGGCGAGGGACAAAGCAAAGAGGGAGAGCCAUAGAGGGGCCGGCGUAGCGGUUGAUAGUUUUGAUCGGGUGAGGAGGUAUGAGAUGGUGGCAAAGAGGAUUUGGUAG